ACAUCAACAUCUCCCUGGAAAUAACAGAGGACAUUUAUAUUGAAUGUAAUUUAUCUGAUGCUGACCUGCAAAACAUGACUGAUCAGGUCAAACAACUUGAUAAAAUCAGGAUGGACGACGACUUUCGGAUGAUGUUUCUGUUCCAGAGGAUCAACUACUCAAUUUUUGUUAAUAAGUACAAUGAUGAGCUUCCUGAGAUGCUGCAGUUUCUAGAUGAGAUUGAACAGUGUGCUGUUCAGUUAGACAGAAUGAAUAAGGGAGCAAAGAUCUCCAGUGUGACUGGGAGCUCAGUGGCAGCAGUGGGAGGAAUCCUGUCCAUUGUUGGUUUGGCUUUAAUUCCAGUUACAGCUGGUGUGUCUAUGGGGUUGACCAUUGCUGGUGCGUCCCUUGGAGCAACCAGUGCAGCGAAUAGCUUGGUAACCACUGUAGUGGAGUCUAGAGUUAAUAAAAAACAAACAAAACAAGCAAACACAGCCUUUCAAAGAUUCAUGCUUGGUGUUCAGAGAAUCCAGGAUUGUCUGGAAGAGGCGGCAGAAAUACCAUAUGCUGAAGUUACACAAAGCAGUGAAGAUGUGCUUUACAGGGAAGUCAGGAACAGAAUGGAAUUAUGUGCUGUUCAGAGUCUUUCCAGCAGCUCUGAUGUUGCUUCUGCUUCCUGUCAAACUAUUGAAGUGGUUGCAAAUGCAGGCAAAACCACAGUACAGAAAGGAAGAGCAGUGGGUACUGUAUCCAGGAUGGCCUCAGAUGUUCCUGAUGUUGGUCAGGCAGCAGUUAAAGGGUCUCUUGCUCUCUCCAAGUCAGCCAGAGCUGGCUUAAUUGCACUCAAUGCUCUCUUCCUAGGCAUGGAUAUCUACUUCAUCACUACAGACGGCAUGGCCCUGGCUAAAGGGACAGAGACUACGGUCUCUAAGUUCCUCAGAGCCAGAGCUGCUCUGUGGCUCUCAGAGAUAGAGACCUGGGGGAAAAUCCAUAACUCACUGUGUCGCAGCAAACUGACUGCAGAGAAAAACAGAGAGAUGCUUGAGAAACAAUUUUAUCAUGUUAGCUGGAAACAGUUCAUCUUUUUAAGGGGGCGUGAAUACUUCUAUUGUACUACUCAAUUUUACUUUUUAUAG